ACAAUUCACCCACCCCUGAUCUUCCCUCGCAAGAAGGAUUCCGACGACAACCUAGACCCUCAAUCGACUACUCCUCCUCCCAUACCUGCGCCCUCGGCCGGCAAGAUGGACGACUUCUAUCGCAAACAGCGCCAACGCGCGAGGCUGCGCAGCCCGUGGUCUUGCUCGUUGGUGACGAUGAUAUGUACUGGUCUGUCGCUGCUGCUGUUGGCGACCAUAGCCCAGUCGUUUCUCGGACGCCAAUUGGAUUCCAAGGGCUGCAAGAUGUCGUACAUGCUCUCGGCUUUUGCCAAAUACACAGACUUCGACACCGAGCAUACCAGAUUCGCAACAAAGUACUCGUUGUAUCUGUAUCGCGAGGCUGGCAUUGACCAGGACACGCGCGUGCGUACAAUAUUGCCAUUUGCAAGGCACAAGAGGCUGACACAAGACACANNGGUCAAGGGUAUCCCCGUGCUGUUCAUUCCAGGAAAUGCAGGCAGCUAUAAGCAAGUGCGCUCUCUAGCAGCCGAAGCUGCCAAUUACUACCACGACGUGCUGCAACACGACCCGCAAGCUCAGCAGGACGGCAAGCGUCCAUUCGACUUCUUCUCGGUCGACUUCAACGAAGACAUUACCGCUUUCCACGGCCAGACCCUCUUGGACCAAGCCGAAUACCUCAAUGAAGCCAUCGCAUAUAUCCUCGCCCUCUACCACAACCCUCAUCGCAGUCUACGUGACGACUCACUACCCGAUCCUACCUCGGUCAUGCUCGUUGGCCAUUCUAUGGGCGGCAUUGUUGCUCGCACAAUGUUUACAAUGCACAACUAUCAACCUAAUACCAUCAACACCAUAAUUACCCUCUCCGCUCCUCAUGCUCGUGCACCUGUCUCCUUCGACCAGGAUAUUGUCGAUACAUAUCAAAGCAUCAACGAAUACUGGCGCAAAUCCUACUCUGUAGAUCAAGGCCCGUUGGAUCAUGUUACUUUGGUUUCAAUCGUUGGUGGUGGUCUGGAUACUGUUGUACCCUCGGAUUACGCUAGUCUGACUUCUCUGGUGCCCGAGUCGCAUGGAUUUACUGUUUUCACCUCGACAAUGCCUCACGUAUGGACUGGUAUGGACCAUCUGGCCAUCAUAUGGUGUGAUCAGCUCCGCAAAGCAGUCAUCAAGGCCCUUUUCGACGUUGCUGAUGUAAAACAACCUACACAAACAAUACCACGUGCGGAUCGCUUGCACCACUUCCGGAAACGCUUCCUCACAGGUCUAGAAUCGACUGUACAAAAGGAACUACCAAAACAGGAAGCNAAAAUGCUUCUUUCCAUGGACGAUCAAUCUUCGGCCAUUCUUACUGAGGGUGAACGUCUGAGUCUUCGUCAGCUGGGUUCUUCUGCAAAGACCGAAGCAUACGUUUUGCCUGUGCCCUCUCUGGUUGACAACGAUGCUCGAAAACUUUCCGUCCUGACCAACCAGCGGAUUGAUGAACAUGGGCCUGUUCAAGUCUUUCUCUGUUCUUCUCAUGUUCCUCAAGCUGGUGCGGGUGGCAAUGCUUAUGCUAUCAAUCUGGAUCUUUCUGGCGGCUCAUCAGGUUUCAUGCGCUUGUCCUGUAAGGACACCGUUGUCGAUGCUAUUGCCCUGCCUGCUUCGAACUCGGAAUCAAACUUUGCCUUCGACGACGUCCAACCCUUUACAUAUGUCGAAUAUGCGCUCAAAGAUCUGUCUGACUAUCAGUUUGUUGCUGUCGUCGACAAGGCAAGCGAGCUCACAGAUGGAUGGGUGAUUGCUGAGUUUAGCGAUGCCAUCAAAUCGACUGUCACUGUGAGACGAUCAUUGCGCAGUUUGAUGUUGAGUGGCAUGCAUCGUAUCUUGCCAGCUGCACGCGCAAUGGUCAACGAGAUUCGUGUUCCUCGCGUGCACUCAAGCUUGUUGGCCUACACCCUACGCGUUCAUCAAAAUUGCAACACCGAACCCCUGUUCCAACCUCUGUUGAGACAGUACAUCUCAGAGCCGUACGAGUCGAAAUUCUUCCCGAAUGUGCGCGGCGAUGUCAACAUCAAUCUGCAUGGCGUCUCACCGUUUGUGCCUCCACCAGCAAAUGCCGCCCACACGAAGGAUGGUCUUUCGCUACAAAUCUGGUCAGAUCCAACUUGUAAUGCGGAGAUGAGUGUGUCCCUGGACAUCGAUUUCCUUGGAAGCUUUGGCAAACUCUACAUGCGCUACAGGACUGUUUUUGCUGCUUUCCCUCUGGUUGUUGUGGCUUUGGUACUGAGAAAGCAGUUCAAGGUGUACGAUGCUACAGGCAUCUUCAUGAGCUUCUCCGAAGGCAUGGAUCAGUGUAUCCGUACAUCCCUUCCUGUUCUCUUCAUCGCAUUGUCGUUCUUGUCUCUUGCACUUGCCAACCAUGCCACUAUCUCGGCAGGUGAAGAAAUACUUGGAUCUCAGCACGAGGCCACAGAAUCAUUCUUGCAAUUUACCAAGAACGACCUCUUACUUGGCUCCAAUGAUCCUUUCUUCUUUUGGCUCGUACCUCUGUUUGGUGUCAUCAGUGUAGGCGUCUGUAUUGUGCUCAACUACAUCACGUUGGCAUUGACACAGGUGUUUACAUUCUGCUACGCCAAAGUCAGGAAUGUGCGAUUGAGAAACGACGACGGAAGACGAUCAACAACAGCAUUCGCAGUCACCAGUCCUCUACAACGUGUCAUCACAACCAGUAUCUUGCUCAUCAUGGUCGCGACCAUUAUACCCUACCAAUUCGCCUACCUAGUCCUCUGCCUGGUACAGCUCGCAACCUCCGUCCGCGCAUUGCGAUUGGCACAAGAAACACGCUCGGGCAACAAUUACAACUUCUACAACUACGUGCACAGUCUACUCAUCCUCAUGCUCUGGAUCCUGCCUAUCAACCUGCCAGUCCUCGUCGUCUGGGUUCACAAUCUCGCCGUUCAUUGGCUUACACCCUUCUCCUCGCACCACAACAUCCUCUCCAUCAUGCCCUACAUCCUAAUCGUCGAAACCAUGAGUACUGGCCACAUCAUCCCUCGCUUGACGUCUUCAUGGCGCCUAGUCAAUAACAUCAUGCUGUUUGCCUUGGCACUCUACGCCGCAGUCUAUGGUGUUAGUUAUGCCUACGUGUUGCAUCAUCUAGUCAAUGGGUUUGCAGCUUGGUUGGUAGUCGUGCAUUUCGCACCUCUGCUGAGAAGGAGAAGCGGCUUGGAAGAACAGCAACGAGGUGCUAGUGGCACAAAUCCACCGAGUCCGCCUGGCGAUGGGCAUGUUAAGAAGAUACCU